CAGAGGCUUGAAGCAUGGGCCGCAGGCGGGCACGUAAGCGAGGGAAGCGUGGACCGGUGAGCGAGCAAGGUCGAAAGGAGCAGCAGAGUGUGGCUGUGGGCACAAACGAGGUCCAUACAAAGAGUCCGUCGGCGGCCGUCGUCGACGAGGCUGCGCUCUUGCGGGCAUAUGCCUGUGCCAAGGAGAGGCCGCUCGAGGCGUGCAGAGACCACAUUCUCGACACGUUGACAGCGUGCUACUCGCAUGGUACUGGUGGCGGUGGUGAUGGAGGUCCGGGAGAGUCACCCAUGGGCGUGGCUCCGCUCCCGCUCCCGCGUCCGCCGCUACUCGCUGCUACAGCUCCCCCCGAUGGUCGGUCGGUCUUCUACGGGCCGGGCUCUUCGGUCCCGGUCGCGCCGUAUGCAUUUACUUGGAUCCAUGCUGAUACGGCCGAGACCUGUGUUGGCGACGGCUCGGUGUGGAUGGCGGCCGGGGCGGACGAUGUCGUUCCCCUGGCAGUCUCGGCUGGAAGGGUUGUCGAUGCUGUGCUCGACCAGGGCGUGAGCCGGGUCAGGUACAAGGCAUUCCGUGCAAGCAUUGACGGGACGGUUCAUGAGUCGCGAGCCGCCGCCAAGUUUCAUGUGUGGACCCAGCAUCGCGGGAGCGUGGAGAGCGCAGUGCGGGCGUUUGUGUUGGCCAACGCGGCCACGCACGGCGGGGCCCGUCACUCGGGCUCACCGGCGCAUGCGCUCUCGGCGCUCCUGGCGGGCCUCUUUGCACCACACUUGGUGUAUCCGGAGCUGAUGACGGCGGCUACCUCAUCUGAAAGCACCGGGACGGCACCGCGGGUGCCCAGACCCCGCACCACAGCUACGCUGAGCACGUUAGAGGCGGCGUGGGCGGGCGACCAGGCGCUCGCACUGGUACAGAACGUGCUCCGGGCCGAGUGCGACGUCGGCGGCGUGUUUGAGCGGUUCUUGAGCGAGGCCGAGCGGGUGGCAGCGGCGCGUGCGCUCUGCUCGAGCGAGGACGAGUCGACGCGGCGGGCACGCGAGGGCACGAUCCUGGCUGAGGCGCAAUCGAUCAAGGCCGAGGCCGAGCAAGCCGCCGAGGCGCUGCGCGAGGCACAGAUGAGUCCAGAGCAGCGUGCGUGGUACCGGUUCAAGAAUCGCCUCGAGCCGCUGCAGACGAGUAUGGUUACGGAAUCGCUGGUCGAGGAGCUCAUUGACGAGAUUGCUACAUCGCUGGUGACCAACAUGGCGACGAAGCAGCUCAAGGCGUGCGCCGUGGCUGCAGCCGAGCGGGAGCGGAAGGAGCGGAUUGCCCGCCGCGCCGAGGAGCUUAUCCGUGAGCGCGAGGCCGCCGAGGCUGCCGAGGCUGCCCAGCGCGAGCACUACCGCGAGAUGACACGGCUUGUUGCUGGCGAGGCUGUGGAAAACCUCGAGGAAGCCGUUGUCACGCACGAGCUGACACGGAUGCUGAGAAAGAUGGUGGCGAGCCACAACGAGGCGGCCAAGCGCGAGCGGCUGCGUGUCGAGCACGAGCAGGCGCGCGAGCGCGAGCAAGAGCGGGAACAGGCGCGAGAGCACGAGCGUCAGCGUCAGCGAGCACAGGUUGACCAGUCGCGGCGGGAGGAGGAGAAGGCUGCCUCGCAGCGGAGCCUGCUGCCGGAGCUUUCACCGCUGGCACCACACGUUGGCGUGGCCCAGGGCGGCGGGCCUGGUGGAGCGCGGCGGCGGCUGGCGCUUGGAAGCGACAUGGUGUCGGGCCGGCAGCCUGCGUUUCAGGACUCGCAGCUCGCGAUGUUGCGGCAACAGCAGGCCGAAGUGCAGGCGCAGUUGUCACAGGCGCUGGUCUCGCCGCUCUCGGGCUUGGCGCCACUGCCGAUGCCUGGUGCCUCGCUGUGGGCAAGCACUCCGGCAGGCGAUCCAUGGAGCUCGGGAACGACAGGCAGCGCACCGCUUAACCCGCCCGGUUUCAGCAGCGCGUCGGGAGCUGCGCCAGCUGUAGUUGACAACUUUCUGGACAUUGACGUGGAGGAGUACGGGUUCCUGGCGUCUGCGACGGUGAUUGUGACCGGUGUCCCCCUGGCCGGGCGGUCAGGCUCGGCGAUGCAGUCGCUCUUUCCGUCUUCGCGAAUUGCGUACAUGCGUGACGGCAAGCUCAAGGCAGUCUUCCCAGCGGAGCUGGAUGGGACCGGCAUGGUGGAGUUCUUCUCCAUUGCCGACGUCGACAUGGCGGUGGCGCGGUCUGGCACGCUCUUUGCUGGUGCGACGGUGCUGGUGCGGCGGGCGCCGCCGCCGCGGGCCAAGGCGGUGGCGGUGGCACCGGCGGCGCUUGCUGCGCCGAUUCUGCCACCGUCCCUGGCACCCGACUGGUCGCUUGGUGGCUUUGGCCUCGGUGCUACCUUUGGCAGCACCGACGGGCUGAGCGCUGGCGCCGGCGACGGACACGCUCUUGGGGCGGCCAACUUUCCGUUGUUCGGUGUCCCGGCGCCCGAGAGCGCGCCUGUGGCACGGCCGCGCAACCCGUUCCUCACCUAGCUCUGGGACGCUAUAAAUGGCUGUGUGUUCUUCC